AUGUCUCUGAAGCCCAUCACCCUGUACGGCCAUGCCGCCGGCCCCAACCCCUGGAAGGCGGUUAUGGUCUUUGAAGACCUCAACAUCCCCUACGAGCACAAGUUCGUCGACUUCUCCGAGAUCAAGAAGGAGCCCUUCAUCUCCGUCAACCCCAAUGGCCGUGUCCCCGCCAUCCACGACCCCAACACCGGCAUCACCCUCUGGGAAUCCGGCGCCAUUGUCGAAUACCUAGUCGAGACCUACGACAAGGACAACAAGAUCAGCUUCCAGAUCGGCUCGCCCGAAUACUACCAGGCGAAGCAGUGGUUGCACUUCCAGAUGAGCGGCCAAGGUCCCUAUUUCGGCCAGUUCGUCUGGUUCUCCAGGUACCAUUCCGAACCCGUCCAGUCCGCCAAGGACCGCUAUCUGAAUGAGAUUCGUCGUGUGUCCGGUGUGUUGGACGGCGUCCUCGCCAAGAGCGAGUACCUGGUUGGGGGCCGCUACAGCUUUGUCGACGCUGCCUUCGUGCCCUGGUACCAGAUUGUCCCGAGGUUGACCGGCGAUGCAAUUGAUCUCGAGAAGGAUUUCCCCAACCUGAACGCCUGGUUGCAGCGCGUGCAGGCGCGGCCUGCGGUUGCGAAGGCUCUGAAAGAUAGAGAGGAGGCCAUUGCUAACCAGUCGCACUAA